AUACUUUUGAAAACCGUCUGCUUUCUGUUCCAUCUGUUACCAUCAUUUUGAAACAAUUUGCAUUCAAUUCCGAACAUAUAUAAACGAUCGAGGCUACCCCGGUCAGCAUUUUUUAACUAGAUCCCCAGGAUCCAGCAACGGUUGCUACUGGAAUUCCAUACUCAAACUUGUCGUCAGGCCAGACUUAUCUCGUUCCCAUUUCCUGUGAUCAGCAAUCGUGAAAUUCAGUUAGCACGCGAUGUCUCAAAGUGUAAAAGCGGACGAAAGCUCGUCGUCUCGUUCUUCUCUCUCGUCUGCAUCGGUCGUAUCACCGCUAGUACUUCCGUCUGCGCCAUCCGCGUUCCUUCACUACUCUCCAACAGGCGUCACAAGCGGUAGUAUGCUGCCGAACACGUCGGCUGUUCUCCAGACCUCCAUCAGAGAUGAAUUGCUGUUAGAUCAACUCUCAUUUCAUCGUAGACGUCAGGUAAGCAGCGCUCUAAAGCGCCGUAAUCGAACGACGUUUACUCCACAGCAACUACAAGAACUGGAAGCGCUAUUUAAUCGUACACAUUAUCCGGAUAUAUUCGUCCGUGAAGAUCUCGCAAUCCGAACACAUCUCAGCGAAGCCAGAAUUCAAGUGUGGUUUCAAAAUCGAAGAGCGAAAUGGAGAAAAACCACACGUAUGCAACUUGGACACGAUCCUUGGAGGCUCCGUCGACUUCCUUCGUACACUCCGAGCCCGAUGCAACGGAACCCAUGGUUGGCUGCCGCUGCUGUCGGUCUGAUGUGUCCACCACCUACAGCCACGCUUCCUUUAGACUUGUUAGCUCAUGACUCUACAGGUCAUCAUACGCCCUCGUCGAGUGAUGUUGAAAAAUGUGGCAUGACUCUAGGCUCUGUUGCUGUACCAAGCUGUUCAUGUUACUCGACGCUAGUGUCCACGCCAAGUACCUACUCUGGUAUGUUCGGAUUUGUCAGUGCCUGUAACACAACAAGUUCAUCGAGCAUUGCCGAGCUCCGUCUGAAGGCAAAAGAGCACGCCGGAAUAACCAAGGACCCGAAUCUUAAAGGCCAGACUACAUGAACAGAUUGAGUAGGGAUAUUGAAACAUGUGGUUUAAGAUAAUGAUUUCAAUUGGAUAAUAAUAAACUGUAAAAUAAAUUAUUUUGCUUAGCUUUCUCAACCAAUGAAAUUCAUUACCUCAAUGAGUUUGAAUCCAAUACAAACAAUGUUUUUGUGGCAUAGCUUUACAAAGUAAUAAUGUAAUGAUUUGAUAUCAUUUUAACUUUGAAAACUCUUCAUUAUUCAUGCCAUUGAAAUGUUAUCAUAAACACUGCUUUUCUAAUCAGUAUAUUUAAGUCAAUAGAUUUGGAAUCAGUUUACUGUGUAUUACCCAUAUUUCCGAUUAUAUUGAUAGACCUAUAUAAGUUGAGCUUAUACAAUACAUACCAUUAGGACAGCAUACAUCAGUUCGAAAAUAUAAGACUCAACAUCAUGCUCUCUUCAAUCUAUAGGAACAUGAUACGUGAACGUUGAUCUCUAAGUUGUCAACAACUUAACAUUUUCUUUAACAAAAACUGUUGUAUGGCAAUAGUCAUAAUGUGCUUAUUAAGGUCAUAAUGUGAUGUCAUCACUACCAUAUUCAAGCA